CCUACCCACCCCCUAUGAAUUACCCACAGCCUGGGUUUCAACCAGGGGUCUCACCAGCGUGCGGGAAGUUAUAAAAACCCAGCCUCUGAUUCUAUUGCUGCAAGGUCAUCUCAUGAACCAAGCCAAAAAAGCAUUCUAAGCAGUAGAAGAACUGGUAGCAACGUUGAGUCGAGUCUGGUAUCCGAUGAAAGCAGAGAUGGACAGAUGAAGAGGGAGAAGAUGUUGACUUAUCAAGAAGAACUGAGGGAACAGAUGAGUUUAAAGGAGAAGAAAGCGAAAGCUGCCAAGGAGGAGCAGGAGCGAUAUGAUAGGAAGAUUGAGAUGGAGGCGCAGAAUUAUAAUCCAUGGGGGAAGGGAGGGGCUGGUGCUCCUAUGCGAGAUAUUCAUGGAAAUCUUGUUUCUGAUUUACGGCAAAUGCAUCUCGAGAAUGAAGAUUUGGUUCGCGAUCCGAACAAAGCUGCCGAGGUUGUUCGGGAAAGACAAGCAACCAAUGUUGAGGAGAUGAAACAAAGUUUUUCACCAAGAGGACAGCAGCAGGAUUUUGGAUCAGCUUUAUCUCCAAGGUUUGGACGAAGCAAUCCAUUUGAAAUGAAGGAAACUGUGGAACAAAAGUCACAGAAGGAUAUAUACAAGGAGAACUUGCAGAAACAGAUUGAAGAACGGAGGAGAUUGGAAGAUGAGAGGAAAGAGAAACAGAGGAUUGAGGAUGAAAAGGAGGAGAAGAGGAUGGAGGAGCAGAACCGAAGAAUGCAGGAGGAAUAUGAGAAUGAGAAGAGGAAGCAAAGAGAAAAGAUUGAGCAGAAACGCAAAGAAAAUGAAGAAAUGCAAAGAGCACUCGAGGAAAAGAGAAAAGAAGGUGAAAGGAUUAGGAAAGAGGAGCAAGAGAGGUUGGAGCAGGAGCGAUCAAAGGAGAAAGAAAGAGAACUACAAGAGCGACUGAAUAAACCAAAAUCUCCUCCUAUCCAUUCUAAGGAACUUCAUGGUUCACAACAACAACAACAAGAGUCGGCACAAAACACUUAUCGUUCACAAAUUACACAGAGAUCAACUACUCCACCACGCCCCCAGGUGGCGAGAGAGCGAGUACAUUAUGAGCGAGCACGCUCACCAGUGGUGGAAGCUCGACCGGAAAAAUCAAGAGAAUCGAAACGUAUUUCACGCGAGUUAUCAGCUUUGAGAAAGCAACUUCUUAGCGAACAACGAAGAAUUGAAACUCAACUACGUUCAACAGAUACUUCAUCUUAUAAACAAGUUCCCAUUAAAACAGAAACUUUGGUUGAUUUAUCGCGAACACGACAGCGACCCGUACAAGUUCGUCGACCACCCACUGUGGAACGACCAAGCUCAAAUGCUCUUAAAGAAUUCACUGAUUUUAAACACAGACAAGAUGACACAGCAUCACUUAGAAUGUUCCGAAUCGAACAUCCAGAAACUCCCAAAGACGCAAACUCUCUCGAACAACAACAACAACAACUUAUCAAAAAUCAACUUCAAAAGUUGGAAACAUUAAGAACCAAUAAACAUAUGGAUCAACCUGAAUACAGCAGGAAAUCGCCAACCAAGAGCAGUAGAAAUGGAUUCUCUCUUAUCCCACCAUCUGAUUCAUAUGCUUCACUACUUGAAGCUGACUCCACAUACAUCCCUAUACCUGAUACAGAUGAUGUGGAGAAUCAACCACCUUCGUUUCCAUCUUCACGUGCUGGCAGGAAAAUUUCUGCCCGUGAAAGAAGAAGAAUCUCAAAACGAAAUGAGCAGGAUGAAGGUUUGACAUACAGAGCACCUGAUAGCUACUCCAUCAACUCAUUGACAUCGCUUGCCACACUUGAUGUGGACAGACUUGCAAACCGGAAUGAAAACAGAUUGGAUAAACUGAAACAACUGACAGGAGAUGAGGUUUCACUUACGGAUCCUGAUGAUAUACUUGAUCGUUUCGUCAACCAACAUCGAUCAGAUCUCCCUGACACACCAGAUACAUUCCAGCCAAACGCACGCAGACCAAGGAAAGGAACCUCCGUUUCAGCUCCACGGCCCACUGAUGAAAGGCCACCUUCCAUAAAUACCAUUGACACGGAGCCGUGGCUUCGUCCUGGCACCGGACCUCCAGCCACAGCCACAUAAUUAAAUGUUUAGUAUAUAGAGUUGCAGCAUAGGCUUGUUGGCAAGAAGUAUAUCUCUAAUGUACACUGUGACUUUCAUGGUAAAUAUAUAGUGGGUUCUAUGAUGACCAAAUGUAAAGUUUCUUUGUGUCAAACAUGGUUUCGCAAAUAUUUUAUUAUUUUGUAGUGAACUGUACUUUUAUACUUAAUGUUCAAUCCUCUGUUACUCGUUAGUUCAUAGAGUUUUUCUUGACGAUUUUACCAUAGUAACCAAUAAAUUAACAACAAUACAGCAACACUUAAAAAAUGAA